CGUACUACGCUUCACGCAGAGGCCCAAGGUUCUUGAACUCGUCAAUGGCAGCAGCAGUCUGUAGUUGACCGUCCUCGCCGAUAGAUGGCACUCUCAUUCAUAAACGCGUUUUUUUCACGAACUAUUUUUUUCGGCAAGUAGCGGAACGAGCGAGGCUGGAGUCUGGAAGGGAGUCGCGCGCAGACCGGUCGUCAGUCGGAAAGGAAAUGCCCGUGAGAUGGCGUCGAUGAUGGACACUCAGCCCCAAGUGCACGCCCGAGGGAUGGAGUCGAUGCUGGACACGCAAGCCCGUGCCAUGGAGCUGAUAGACUCUCAGGCCCGUGCGUUGGCGUCGAUGAUGGACACUCAAGAAAAUGAAGAAAGCCAUGAAUAUUGGCCGAAGUGGGAUCGAAAGGAACAAAUCAAAAUGAGAUACUCUGGUCAAGAAUACGUGUCUAAGUCAGGAAAAGUGAUACCAGCCAAGAAACAACCAGGACAUUGCACACAGCAUUUUCAAUCAAAACGAUGGCAAUAUGCUGGUUUGAACUCAUAUGCACCUGUCCUCAAAAAUGUGGUGACAAGAUAUCUCCUGAGGCACGGGAGCGUCUCUUCAAAGAAUUCUACCGCCUAGCAGACCAUGCUCUCCAGAACCGUUUCCUCCAGGCCCACAUUGAGAUCAGAGCAGUGCAACGGAAGUACUGGCGCCAGCAACAAAGGACACCUUCAGGCCGUAGCCAAAGAAGAGUGAGCUGCAAGUAUCAAGUUCCCAUGAUUCAAAGUGCCUCAGAUGUCACAUUUGAUGGAAGGACUAAGCCUGGCAUCCCUAUUGUGGAAGUUUGCCAAAAAGCCUUCAUGAAUGUGUAUGCCAUCACUGAGAAGAGAGUUCGGAUCCAGCGAGAGCGUCUCAUUGUUCAAGCUCAAGAACUUGCUGCUGCCAAUGGCGACAGUCCACUGCAACCCAUGGACACCCUUUCGCUUCUUGCAUCUCGUACUGCACCAGCCAAACUUCAGUCUCGAGGUGGAGAAAACUACUACCAGCAGAGUAGAAGUCAAGAAGCGUUUGCAAGUCGCCUUGCGUCUUUUGGCAAGACCAACCUCACCAUUACACCAUCUCGGGUUCCAGCUGCUCCAAUGACUAAUCCCCGUGAUCUUAUGUCUAAGUUAAGUGACCGAGACAUCACUAUGGUGCCUGCUCAUGCCUAUGGCUCCCUGAGCAUUAUGCCAAUGAAGCGUGAUAGCUUCCCGCUCAAGAAUAGUUCCACUAAUGGAAAAACAAAUCGUGAUAUUACUAUGAUUCCUCUAAAGCAUGAAGAGGCGUCAGAGGAGCCUACAGAUCUCUCUAUGCCGACUGAUUUGUCUGUACGGAAAAGAUCUAUGGCUAAGGACCUUUCUAAUCUCAACAUUCCAUCAGCUACAUCUAUAGUGCCAGUUGUGUCAUCAGCUCCCAAUCUACCAGUAGAUCUGUCAGUCAAGAGCUCAAGACCAAAGAUUCAACCUAAGUCAGAGUACAAGUAUCAACAGUAUCCAAUUGCCAAGAAGUACAAACCCGAUAUAGUCAAGAAACAAGAAUACGAGUCAGAAGCAGAAAUGGAUGGUGAUGAAAUGGACGAAAUGGAUAUGGAACCUGGUACUGAGGCAGGUAUGGAUGGGGACAUGGCUAUGGAGCAGGCUUAUGAGCCGGAAACUGAAUCUGAAAUGGAGUCAAGACCUGGUGCCACCCCGGACUCUUUGUCAAGUCAUUCUGUGCAUGCUGAUGACAGACAUGACAGCUAUGUCCCUCGGCCUGAAGCUUUGCCAUUCUUCUUCCAGCCCAAUAUUAAUGAUAUUGCUAUGGUCAACUCAUUUUUCCUCAAUCAACUAUGGCAGCCUGAAUUCAUAGACACUGAAUUGCUUAGAGAAUACCAUAGGAAGCAAGAAGAGUUGAAGGAGAAAAAGAAACAGCAGAGAAAAAUGUCCAAAAUCAAGGCCACGGAGGGAGGUGUGAAUGGUGAAGAACAUGAGCUAGAGAAUGAUAAAGCCACAGAAAAGAAUGAAAAAGAAGAUGAGGGUGAAGAAAAAAAUGAACCAACUGAAAAACUUGAAAAUGAGGAUGAAAAGGCAAAAGAAGAGGAGGAAGUAUCUGAUGCUCAAGAGACAAAAGAGGAAGAGAGUUUUGUAGACGAUGAUGAGGCAGUAGAAGCAGAGUCAGCACAGGUGGAAGAGCCAAAUAGUGAGGAUAAUGAGAAGCCAACUGAUAAUGCCGAUGUUUGAAUGUUCCAAAGACGUGUAAUUACAGGGUCACCUAGUGGUCAAAAUACAUUCCAUUGUACCUAAACAGUAUGCUGUACUUAGUCGAGCGAAUGCUGUCUAUAAAACCAAAGGGUUGUAAUAUUAUUUUUUUUAAAGUAAGGGGCAGCAUUCUAAGCUUCUGUAAUGAUUUUCUGAUUUUUGUAAUGUUGUACAAAAUAGAUUUGUGUUGUUCCCAGUGUUUAUACAUACCAGUUUUUGAUAAACAGUUUUGUAUGUAUUUUUGUAUCAAUAAACCUAAUUUAUGAUUCCUA